UGGCCUCGGCGGCCCUGCCCCAGCGGCCACCCGUGACCUGCCUGGGCGCGGGGAACGGGAAGCCGGAAGGGGCGAGCCCAGUUCGGCUCGCCAUGGGGCUGUUUGAGAAAACCCAGGAGAAGCCGCCCAAGGAGCUGGUCAAUGAAUGGUCAUUGAAGAUCAGAAAGGAAAUGAGAGUCGUUGAGAGGCAAAUAAGAGAUAUCCAAAGAGAAGAAGAAAAAGUAAAACGAUCUGUGAAAGAUGCUGCCAAGAAGGGUCAGAAGGAUGUUUGUGUGGUUCUGGCAAGGUCAAGAAAAGCAGUGAGCAAACUCUAUGCCUCCAGAGCGCACAUGAACUCCGUGCUCAUGGGAAUGAAGAACCAGCUGGCUGUUUUGCGAGUGGCUGGCUCCCUGCAAAAGAGCACAGAAGUGAUGAAGGCCAUGCAGAGUCUUGUGAAGAUCCCAGAAAUCCAGGCUACCAUGCGGGAACUGUCCAAAGAAAUGAUGAAGGCUGGGAUCAUAGAAGAGAUGUUAGAGGACACUUUUGAAAGCAUGGACGAUCAGGAAGAAAUGGAAGAAGCAGCAGAAAUGGAAAUCGACAAAAUUCUGUUUGAAAUUACAGCAGGGGCUUUGGGGAAAGCACCUAGCAAAGUCACCGACGCCCUUCCAGACCCUGAACCUCCAGGAGCUAUGGCUGCCUCAGAAGAUGAGGAGGAGGAAGAGGCCCUGGAAGCCAUGCAGUCCCGGCUGGCCACACUCCGCAGCUAGGGCUGAGGUGGGUCCCAGGCUCAUCUCCUGACCCUCCCCAGCCUGUGCCCUCCUGCAAGCUGCGCUCUUCUAUGUCUCUUGCACUAGACCUGA